AUGAUCCAGGAUGAGACCACAUCACCAGGCUACUGUCUCCUACAGCUGCUGCAGAUGGAUGAGCCUCUUCCUGUACCUGAACAUGAAAUUCCGUAUGAACUUGCAUCAUGUAUAGGGUGUGUAGGAGGUAGAGUAUGUAUAAAGAAUACAUGGUUCCAUGGUGCUCUUCAUAAAGGUCUAGUUAAAAAUGGUCCAGCAUGCACAGACACAUUAACAAAUCAAGAUCUUGUUCCUGCUUUCCUUUGUAAGUCAUGGCCUGCAGAAGCCCAACCAUGGUUAGGAAGACAAGGUAUAGGAAUAUGGCCAACAGAAGAAAUGAAGAGAUAUUGUGAGAAUACUGGAUGUUUUGUUGUUUCAGUGAGCAGUAAGAGUGGUCUGUAUGAGGAGUUUGAAUGGAGAAUAUCUACUUCCCUGGCUGAAAGGUUUCUAAUGUUCAGUUUAAACAUUACACAAAUGAGAUGUUACAUCGUUAUGAAAAUGAUUCUUAAAACAUUCAUAAAUCCUCGGUGUAAUGGUGUCCUGUCAAGUUUUAUGUGUAAGAAUGUUUUAUUGCAUUGCAUACAGAACACACAGUCAAACAGUUGGCGACCGUCCAAUUUACUUGCAUGUUUAACUUGCUGCCUUAUAGUAUUGGAGAACUUUGUUGGACAAAUAAAUUGUCCACAUUUUAUAAUACCUGAAAACAAUCUGAUGGUCGGGAGAAUUUUUCCUCGUAACAAACAUAAAAUUCUAGAAAUCUUACAAAAUAUUAUACGAAGUGAAGGUCGAGCACUGCUGGAGAUUCCCAUUGACAACCUUGGCCCAACACUGCAGGUGAGGAUGAGCAUGUAUGGAGCUUUUCAGUACUACUGUACUUCAGCCGAAAUCUAUGGCAAAAUUUCAGGAGAGCUUCUUCAUCUUUUAAGCCGUUUUGUAAGUGCAGUGCACGAGAAAUUAAUUAAAGAAAUACUUAAAGGAAAUGAUGAUGUACAAGAGAUAUUUUCAGACUUUACAUUUAAACUAGUGAACACAUACAGAGAAAUAGGUUGUUACAGUUUGAAAAAAUCUGCAUUAAAGCUUUUAAUACCUCUGGUAUGUUCUUCACUAGGGUCUGUGGUGGCAUCUAGUGAAAUUAACGAUCACAGCGUGAUAUCUCGUAAAGCACUGGCCUGUUUUUCUAUAGGUUUGGAUUCCGAUGUAUCAUCUGGCAGACUGAAGCUUGCCUCAGCAAUGUACUGUCUAGGAGAUAUGAUCAGAACCGAGUUUGUCCUGAGGAAUAUUGAAGACUUGUAUGAUCUGAACAUUGUGGAACCUGUAUGUCGUUAUACUGCUUUUAGAUGUUCUCGCACCAGACAGGGGUUCAAAGAUAAAUCAAGCACUGGCAAUGAAGAACUAAUUAGAGAAAUCGCAGCAUUUUGUGUUACAUUCACAAGGUAUGAAAUAAACUGUGUACCACAAGAAUUGAAAUAUGAAAUGUUUAGAUCUACACAAGAAGAUAUGAUUGAAAGGCAUCACAUCCUCGGCUACUGGAUGGACUGGGCAGUAGUAGAUUCUCUGCCUUACCUCUACUUCCUACAGUACAAAACGUAUGGCCACCUUCAGAGAGCAGCCGCCCAGCAGCAGGCACUCACAAACCUGGUCACUACAAUUAAAACGGAGUCUAACCUUUACCACAAUGAAACGGCUCUAAAUUUACUGGGUCAAUGUAUGGAACAGGAGAACCGACAUAAUGAUGCUCUGCGCUGCUACAUGCUAUCUCUGAACAUCCGUGCAAGAAACAACGCCGCAAAUUUUCUUAUACCCAAGUUACUUUAUGCAUUUGCUAACAGACACGUCGUGUAG